AUGCAUUCACAUCAUUCACAUAGUGGGGAUUAUGUCUCCCAUGCUACGGACAAUCUAGAAUCAAUCAUUGAUAAGGCAGAGUCUAUGGGAUUCACUCACUAUUGUCUUACUGAACAUAUGCCUAGAUUGCAUGAUAAGUUCUUGUAUCCUGAAGAAAUAGAGAAAAAUUAUACCUCUAAAGAUUUAGAGUCUAAUUUUGAUAGAUAUGUACAACAUGCAGUUUCUAUACAACAGGAAAAGAAUCUGAAGAACCAAUCAUCUCCCACCACAAAGAUCAUUGUUGGACUUGAAGUUGAGGGCUUAAACUCUGAACAUAUUGACUAUACAAGCAAAUUACUCGAAAAAUAUCAUCCACAUAUUAAUAUGACAGUAGGAUCUGUUCAUUAUGUUAAUGAGAUCCCCAUAGAUUUUUCUCCAGAUUUAUGGAUUGAAGCGAGAGAUUCAUUACCUGACAAGACUUCAAGAUCUCUCUUUUUGCAAUAUUUUGAACUUCAAUAUGAAGUAUUACUGAAAUUGAAACCUACCGUAGUAGGUCAUUUUGACUUAAUUAGAUUGUUUGAACCAUCAAAUGAAGUCGAUCCAACCACUGGGAAAUUAAUGAAGGACAUUCUGUUGGAACAAGAUUGGCCAGAUGUUUGGGAAUUGGUGGUACGGAAUAUAAAAUUUGUUGAGUCAUAUGGAGGAUUGUUUGAAUUAAACUCUGCUGCUAUCCGAAAGGGGUGGUCAAGUCCAUAUCCAAAGCAAGAUGUAAGUGAAGCCAUCGUUGAAUUCGGUGGUGGAAGAUUUUGUCUUUCAGAUGACUCUCAUUCUAUUGCUCAAGUUGGCCUCAAUUAUCACAAAGUAUGGGAAUAUAUAAAGUUUGUUUUAAAGUUGACACUGAUAUAUCAUUUAGAUAUAAAUGAGAAUGGUGAGACAAUUGUGGCCAAAGUUUCAGUUUCUGAAUUGGACAAGAGUCCUUUCUGGAAACAAUACAUUUAG